CUCAUCCUUCACUUACCACAUUUCCUCUUUGGUCUUCAUAAUUAUCAAAUUAAUUAUCAUAACUGAAAUAGCAAAAAAAAAUGUCUUCGAUUGGAGCAAACUACGCACAACUCCAAGUCAUGCAGAAGAAGCAGAAGGAGAAGAUGAUGAUGAAGAAGAGGUUGGAGAAGGAGAGAGAUGGCGGCUUAUACGGUGGAGAAGGCCACGGAGUUUCUUCCGCUGCCACUGGAAAGAGUGGUAACAGAAUAUUUCCGGUCAAGGCUUCUCCAUCGUCGACUUAUGAAGUAGUAGAACGACAAGAGUGAAGUGUGAGCUUUGUCUUCUGUUUUAAGUUAGACUUUUGUGUGUCUAUGUGUGUGAUGCGAUGUUAUAUAAGUGGUCGUCUUCUGUAUCUAGGCUUGAAGUUACGUCAUUUGUGUUGCUUUGUUGAAUGCUAUUGCUGGCAAAUUGUAUUAAAAACGUUGUAAUUUUCUUAGAUUUCGAUGAUGUAAUAUAUUUCUCUAUUGUGAAUUCAGUU